CGAGUGGCGAUGUCGGGAUCGUAGUUUCGGUGGCCGCGCGGUGUGCCAGUGUGUCUGUCCCUCGUACGUCGCGGUACCCGGGCGCGCGCGCGCGCGCGUGCAAAUCGAAGUCGUUCCGUCCCGCGAGUGGCAGCCUUCGGCAUCAUGUCCUUCUCCAAGGCGCGCAUUCAGCGCUUCAACGAGCUCACCAGUGAGGUGCCCCCGCCGGGCGCCUACGACCCCAAGUUCGGCGACCGGGUGCGCGGCUCAGUGGCGAUCGGCGCCAGCGCCGACAAGGCCGGCCCGGCCAGGAGCGUCAGCGACAAGGCCGCCGCCAGCAGCAGCAGCGACUGCGCCUCGUCGGUGUGCAGCCGCGCCAGCGCGGGCGCGACGCCGAUCAGGCCCUUCAGAACGCCGCAGGUGCCGAGGAAGCGCGCCGUGGUGCGGCCCACGGGGCUGGCCAGCUGCCCGCGCGCCAAGCCCGCAUGCCUGCACCGCGAGCAGCGCGCGCGCUACGAGCCGCAGCAGGAGCUGGUCGAUCUGCGCGUGGAGCUGCGCAACAAGGACAAGAGCAUCGCCGAGUGCGAGCGCCUGCUGGAGGAGCUGCGGCAGCGCGACGAGGCUCAGCGCGUCGAGCUGGGCGCCGCGGCCGAGGAGCGCGAGCAGCUGCGCGCGCGGCUCGGCCAGCUGGAGCGCGAGCUCGCCGCCUGCUCGAGCCUGCAGCUCGGCGGCGAGGAGCGCGUCGGCGACGAGCUCGACACUAGCGCCAUCCUCCGGGAGCUGGAGACGGCCGAGCUGCGGCGGGCGCACUGCGACACCGAGCGCCAGCUGCAGGAGGCGCGCGGCAAGCUGGAGCAGGCGGAGCGGCGCCUGGCAGAGUUGGAGCCGAGCGAGCCGGGCCUGGAUGCGCAGCUGGCGCGCCGGAUGGCGGGCGCGCUGCAGCAGUACUUCCGCGGCGGCGGCGGCCAGUGGGAGCCGGGCGGCGAGGCGGCGGCGCUGGGCUCGGAGGCCGAGCGCUUCCUCGCCGAGGUGCGCCGCCUGGGCGCGGAGCUGCGGCUGUCCUGCGAGCGCGACGCCGAGCUGGCGCGCGACCGCUUCAACGAGGAGCGCGAGGAGCUCGAGCAGCAGCUGGCCGCGCUGCAGGCCCAGCUGGCGGAGGCGCGCGCGGCCAGCGAGCGCCACGCCGAGCAGCUGCGCGCGGCCCAGGAGCUGCACAGAGAGACCAGCCGCGCCCUGCAGGACUGCCAGCGCGGGGCGGAAGCGCUGCGGGCCGAGCUCGCCGAGGCGGAGAGGCAGCACGGCGCCGAGGUGGCCUACCUGCGCGGCCUGAUCGAUGAGGCCAAGGCCGAGUACCUGCGAGAGGUGGACGCGCUGGAGAAGAGCCUGGAGGAGGAGAAGAGGCGCAUGAAGGACUGCGCGGAUCGGAUGAUCGGCAACGCGGAGGCCGUGACGCGCGAGACGCUGCAGGCCUGCCGGGCCGAGAGCGAGGAGAAGAUCCGGCGGAUCGUUGGCGAGACCGACGCCAAGAUUCGAGAGGCGGCCAAGGCCGCGGAGGAGAGAGAGGGCAAGUACAAGUGCUGCCUGGAGCGCCUGGAGGCCGAGAAAGCUUCGCUGGUGGCCAAGCUGUCGCAGAGCCAGGCGGAGGUCGGCGCGCUGACGGUCAGCCUCGCGGAGCUCAAGUGCGCGGCCGAGACUCAGGAGAGCUUCAGCCAGAGCCUGCAGGCAGAGCUGGACCGCGUGGAGGCCGAGCUGGUGGAGAAGAAGGAGGAACUGCGCAACCUGAAGGACCAGCUGCGUAGCGAGUCGGCCGAGAUGGUGGCCCGGCGGCGGCGAUUCGAGGUGGUCAUGGCCGAGAACCAGGCGUCCGUGGGCGCGCUCACCCGCCGCCUGGCCCAGUGCCAGGCCGAGAACGAGGCGCUGCAGCGCCAGCUGCAGGCCGCCGAGGAGCAGCGCCGGCUCCUCGAGGCCGCCUCGCAGACCGCGGCGGCGCUGCAGGACCGCCUGGACGUCGUCGCCGGCAGCAUCGCCCGCAAGCUCGACUGCAUCGCCCAGGCGGAAACGACCAGCCUCGACCAGAUCAGCCUCGCCAAGAGCAGCCUGCUGUCCAACGUCGACCGCUUCAAGAGCCUCGCGCUCCAGCAGCUCGCCCAGUCCAGGCACAAGUCCGAGCAGAACGCCGAGCUGAAGGCCAGCCUGCGCGAGAUGUCCGAGCGCCUGGGCGACGCCACGGACAUGCUGCUGAGGAUGGAGGAGCUCAACGACGAGCAGUGCCUGCAGACGUCCAAGCUGCAGCUGCAGGUCGGCAAGCUCCAGCAGCAGCUGGACGAGAAGGAACGCCGCAUCCGGGAGAUGAGCGAGGCCUGCGAGGCGCACCUCGAGCAGCAGCAGCGCCACGCGGCCGAGGCGAACGAGCAGCUGACCAAGGCCGAGCAGGAGGCCCGAGCGUGGCAGGCGCGGCUGGCGCGGACAGAGGGAGAGCGGGAGCGCCUGCGCGAGCUGGCGAGCAAGUACGAGAGCCAGCUGGGGAGCCUCGAGGCCGAGCGCGGCUCGCGGCGCCAGCACCAGUCGGACGAGAAGCCCGCGGACGCGCACAGGACCAAGCAGAUCUACCAGCUGAAGGACAAGCUCGACCUGCUGCGGAUGCGCCAGGAGCUCGACGCCAGGUGCCGCGUCGAGGAGAUCGCCAGCCAGCUGAACGAGAAGCUGAAGCUGGAGGCGCGUCGCCAGAUCGGCACGGGCAAGGAGAACCAGCUGUCGCCGCUGCUGCUGUCGCCGCACAAGCAGUUGUUUCCGAAGAGUACCAACGCCACGCCCGUCUCGUCGCCCGGCAAGCUCCACCCGGCUACCCCUCUCCGCACUCGCAACGACUGACUUUCGCCUCGCCAACGUCCUCGUUCGCCUACUCCGCUGCUUCCUGCUGCCGCCCUCGCCCUUCCACUGCGAUUAGACCUCGAGCCCCGAUCCUUUUCCGCUUGUUUCUCGCAUUGUUGUUUUUCUGUUUUCGUUUUUUGAGCCCCGUUGUUGAGAAACUUUGCCCGACGUUCACUCUAAAGCCGACCUCCCCCCAUUUUCCCCGCCUGCCCCACCUUUCCCGUUCGCAAAUCUCAAUCCUCCUGUUAUGUGAAAUUCUGAAUCUUCUUUGCGGAGAGAUCGUCAAGCUUGUUUUCUUUUUUUUGAAAAACCGUUAUUGUCCCUAGAUUAAUUAAUCGGUGAGUUGUUUUGCAUUCAACUCCUCCACAAUAUUAUUAUUCAUUUACGUUUACUUUUGCAACUUAUUAUAUCAUUAGUCUAUAGAAAUAUAAACGUUUUGAUUGUGUAACGGUUGAAAGUCUGAAUCCUUUUUUUAAUACAACUUUUACAUAAUAAAGUAUAAUUUUUAAAUGUUUUCGCAUUGUAUUAGGGUUGGGUUUAGAGCGAGCGAAGCGAGACUCGCGUUACAGCCGAGAAUCCGUGCUCGCUGACGAACCAACGAUUUUUGUAAAUAAAGGUAAUUUAUUUAAAAA